AUGGCUUGGUUCACGACUUUGCCUCGGGGAUCCAUUACGAAAUUCCGUGAUUUUUCGUCGAAAUUCCUCGUUCAGUUCUCUGCAAGCAAGAUCAAGCAGGUCACAAUUGAUGAUCUGUAUAACGUUCGCCAGCUAGACCGGGAGACUUUGAAGCAAUACGUGAAGCGGUACAGUACUGCAUCUGUCAAAAUCGAGGAGUUGGAGCCGCAAGCCUGUGCGCGUACUUUCAAGAAUGGACUGCUGCCAAGGAAGCUGAAUAGCAAGUUAAGUCGGAAGCCAGCUCGUUCAAUGGCGGAAGCCCGUGCUCGGGCGAACACCUACAUCCUGGACGAGGAGGAUGACUCGUUCAAAAGAAGGCGUGCAAAAACGGAGAAGGACGAUGGUAGAAGGAACGUGUCGCCAGAAGACAGACAAGGUCGGGAAAAGGGAGAAAACAGUAAGCGAAAGGAUAAGAGGGUCAGACAACCGGAGAGGUUUACGAAGAAGCAACUCUAUUCGAAGAAAGAAAACUUAGAGCGUCACCGCCCAUGGCAGCGAACUUACCCUCGCCGGAGCGAGAGUCCAGGCAAAGACACAAAUAUGGAAUUAACAGAAUUACUCCGGGAGGUGAAGGCAACUCAUGCGGUCGAAGAGGGUGAGCAGAGAGGUAGUCCGCCGCGGGAGGCGGUAGACAGAACUAAGUGGUGCCAAUACCACCGCUCGGCGAGCCACGGCACCAGUGACUGUUUUACAUUGAAAGGUGAGAUCGAGAAGCUGAUCAGGGCGGGACGCUCACAAAUGGUUGACCGCGGCCGAGGAGAGCGCUAA